AUGCACUACACAACCCUCCUCCUCGCAACCCUCUCCCUCACCCUCACCUCCGCAGCCGUAAUCCCGGCCAAUGGCGUCCCCGGCGGCAUCCCCCCCGCCGCCGUUCGCAACACCAACGUCGCUCCUGCCACCGCAAACUUCGGCACCUCUCUCGAUCACUGCAUGGAGCUUCUCCAAGCGCAUAACAGCGCCGGCAACGCCGCCGUCCCAACCGUCGCCGACGCAUCGGCGGACAUCACAAAGUGCGGAAGAUGCCUGAAUACGGCGGACCUGGCGUGCGGGCAGAAGGGGUAUACGAGGAUGGAUAAGAUCUCGGACCGCCUGAUGCAGUGCUAUGUGUCGUUUUGGCCGCAGUCGAAGUGUGCGUAA